AGGGAAAGAAAAGGCGCCGAAGAAAGGAUAUAUAACGUAACUCUGAAAGUUAAUACCCCAUUUAAAGCUUUCCCAAAGUUGAAUUUGUUUGGUGCUUUUGAGACUGAGGAGAAUUUUUAUCACACAAAGCUAUUAUUCAACACAAAUAGAAGUGAUAUAUCAGUGGACGCGACUACUGAGAUUGACAACGGUUUGCUGGAAGUAACGUCUCAAUUCCACGUAAAGACUCCAUCGGUGAACAUUCCUGUAUGUCAGCUGAAAUUAACUAAAUUAUUUUCACGCUCAAAUAACAACUUGGAAGUGAACUUACAGAUACCAGAGAAGCUGCAGAGUGCGAUUCACUUGAAGACAUCUUGGCUGAUAAAAUCUCGAAGCGAAUUUCGCUCUGCGAUACAAGUGGAGACUCCUUUUAGUGGUUUAGAAAAUACCACAGCUGGUGUAGAUGUAUACAUUUCUGAUGCAAGAUCCACCGUAUGGACCAUCUUACAAAUGAGUCCAUUAGAAGUGGAAGUGAACGCGGAAUUAGAGAAUGGGAUUCUUACAGCGAAGUCCGAUUUGAAUUUCAACGGAGCGAGGUACCCAGUAACGGUUCACUGCGAAAUUCUGAAACCAUCUGAAAGCAGGAGGGAAUUCGACGGCUAUUUGAAAUUCAAAGACAAGCUGUUAAUAAUAACGGGAAACGCAGAUUUAAUAGGAAAUAUACCGGCAAGAGUUUCCACGAAAUUUUCCCCAAAGGACAACAGCCCUCCCUUAACGUUUGACUACCAGCUUAGUCCGACUUCACUUGACAGAUACGAAUUAGUCGGCAGCAUUCAACACUCAGAAAAAUUCCUUCGUUUCCAUGCGGAUUUGCACACAGUCGAUGUAUUUGAUUGGGAUCUGAAAGUGGAGAUUGAUACAUCGAACAAUGAGAAGUUUAUCGUCAAUACUAAAUCCAGCUCUGAUGAGAACAGUAUUGCCUUGGAUAUCGAUGCACAUACUCCAAUACCAAAGUUGGAAAACCCGAAACUUGGAGCUAGAUAUAUGAACAAAGGACUGCAGAAAGAUGUCUAUGGAUUCUUCAUCCUACCCAACUCCAAAGGUAAUGCAACGCUUAGCUUCAUUUGGGUGUACUUGGAGAAUAUGUUCCUGAAAGCAGUUGGCAAUUUUGAGAAUGCUGAUUAUUCUAGCAAAUCUUCUUUGGAAGCAUUUUAUGAAAAUCCCCAGAAGACCUUCUAUUUCAUCAAAGCUGGUGGAGAUAUCAAGAUUGACCGAUUGUGGGAAGCUGGAACUAAUGUCACAUUGAAGCUACCUCUAGAGAAAAUGAUGGAACUUGAAGCACAUCUCAAAGUGCCUGAUGAAAAUAAGGAAAUUCAUAGUAUCUUCAGCGAGUUGGGAUACACGAAGAAAUUGAGGAAUAUUGAUUACUUAUUGAAAUAUAGAACAAGUUAUACAUCCAGAAAACAUGGAAUUUGGGGCAAGAUAUCCACCGAAGACAAACAGAACUUAUCAGGAAAUGUCGAAGUGGAAUGGAACGGCAAACGCUUCAAUAACUUCGCGAACCUGAGAAGAUCUGAGAAAACAUUGGACUUAAUUUAUAAAUUAAAAAGCCCCAAGUUCAUUGACAGGCAACUUCUCGUAACGGAAAUUAGGUAUAAAUCUUUGGGCGAUCACCAUAAUUUAACAUGUGAAGCAUUUUAUCCCGAGGAUCGAUCAGUUGCAUAUGGUACAGUAGAUUAUAAAGAAUUGGCCAAUAUGAAUGGAAUGUUCAAUAUUACUAUUCCGCACAGAUCCUUGAAAUAUACGGGGGCAUAUUUCAACACAAAAACCAAUGCCAUCGCUUACAAUCGAUACAUCAAGGUAUUUUGGGAUGGUGAUAAUGCAGUUUUAGACAGCGUAUGUGACAUCAAAACAGGAGCUACUUUGUUAGAACGGAACAUGAAGGGUAAAUUAAUUAUUGAAUUACCUCUGAAAACCAGGCAUAUUGCGUUGGUUGACUACGAAUACGACAAAAAAGCUCAAGUCAGCGUAGGUGAUGCCACCGUAGACUAUAACGGUAUGAAAGUUGUUGAAGGCAAGUAUAACUGUGUAUCAGAGGCACGAGCUGGAUUCGAUAAGGAUACUGUGCACCUGGAAAUUAUCAAUGAAAUGCUCCCAAUUGGUGCCGACUAUGUCUACAAACACCAGUAUAGCGUAACAGAAGAUGGACACAGAGGUCCAACAGCGGACAAUAAGUAUUUGCAUCUCUACCAUCCCAAGGACCAAUCGAAGUUCAGCGUGAAUGGAGAACUGAAUAUUCGAACAACAUGGAGUGGCCAGGAAUACAUUAUAACUGCAAAUCACGCCAACAAGACUAUUAAAUUCCUCACCGACUAUGACGUUUUGGAUAAAGAAUAUAAACAGCAUUCACGUUUGGAAUUGAGCCCGUCCCAUUGGAUAGAAUACGACCUCAAUCUUUUCAAUAGGACUUUGGACGAGAUAUUCGAUGCCCAGCAAGCGGUGAUCAAUGUGAUCUACCCUCGACGCAGCUUCACGGCUCAGGCUUUCUACAACAUAAGUGAUUCAAUUGUAUCAACAGACGUAUCUCUUGUGUGGGACAAGGAUAACAAAACAGUUCAAACGGGGUUGGAUUGGAGACGUGCCUCGCCCCAUCGAGAACAAUUUCUGCUACAAAUUAAACACCCUUCUUUCGAAAAGGAUGUUUCGUUCCACAGCGAAUAUGGUUACAAUAAACGGACAAUUGAUGGACAGCUAGUGGUAGACUAUUCAUUAAAUCCUGAUCAAAAGCUAACUCUACGUGGAAAAGUGAACGAUAAUUCCAACCCGUUCACCUACAACUACACAUACAAUUUUCAGGCCGAACACAAUGCUACAAAUUUAAACUUGAAUUCCAGGGGCGAUUUUUACUGGAACCCGAGCAAAUUUGGCACUGAACACAUCACCAAUUACCAACGAUCAUAUUUGCCAUUAUCCACAUCUGAAACUUUAGCUAGGGUGAACCUGGACCACAAUGAAAUUGAAUUGAAGAAAGACAAUAUCGCAAGCGGAAGGUCCUAUUUCUGGGGAAGAUAUGAAGGAAAAUAUCCUGUUUAUACAGCAAAUAUGUCGGCGGUCUAUUCUGAGAAUGACACCAGUGGGGAGUUUUAUAUUAAUUUCCAGAAUAAGCUACUCUACUCUAACAUCAACAUGACAGAAGAUGGGAGCCAGAGCAUGCACCUUUACGGUAUAAUACCAGAUGCCAGAAGGGCCAUGUGUGAUAUAUGGAGAGAUUACGAAGACAAAAGGGUGUCGGAUGUUUCGUACUAUCUGAGGCUCAAUCAUUCAAGGUUGAUAAUGUCUAGCCUACUUUGGCGACCUGAUUUAAUCAGUGACGUUCAGACAAAUAUUCGUGAAACAAUGAUGAUGUUCUAUACCGACACACUAGAAGGAAUCAACAAUACUAAGCAGUACGUGAAAGCUGAAGCCUUGGAUGCUCUGCAUGGGAUAUGGAUGGAAGCCCGGCCUCUCGUUCAAAAUUUCAUAAGUGAUCUGAGGAAUUUAACGGUGAUAGAAGAGGAUAUAGAAGAACUUAGAGUAUUUCUCAAUCAGUCCUACUAUGCUAACGAUUUUUACAUUCGUGAUAUAGUUAGUGCUGUUAAAACUAUGUUCGACGAAUCUUUGAAAUCACAUCUCCAGUACCUUCCAAAGAUUGUUCAAGAAGUUUGGUCAGUUCUUGGUAAUUCUGGAGAAAAGAUUAAGAAAAGUGUACUCUGGGUCAUAGAGAAGAUAAAAAUCUAUUACAAAAAUACAACAGAUUUUAUUCACGGACUGAUAAAUGGUGACCCAAUCGAGCACCUUUCGAGCGGCUUGGACAAGCUUUUAGAGAAAUACGAUAAGUUUAUGAAAGACCUUCAUGUAACCGUAAUAAAAUACAUGGAAGGCGUAUGGUCUCAGGUCUCAUCUUUGGUUGUAGAGCACUGGCACACAGGUCUUGCGAGUAUGGAACCAACAUUUUUGAAGUUCAUACAUUAUUUGGAAACCAUUGUUUGGAAUACAGGAAAAGAAUUCUUAGAUUUCCUAUAUGAACGUAAAAGCGAAAUAAUCGAAUCUCCAUUUUUCGUUCAGUUUACAAAGUUCUCCCACGAUGUUGAUGCGUUUUACAAAGAUAUAACUGGCAACAAUACAAUAGCAAGUAUCUACAAAUACUCGGAAAUUGCUUGGGAAUUUCUGACAGAGAAGUACUUGAAUGUGAUACCCUUCGGGAAGGAGCUGCUGGAUAUAGCUACUGAGAUUGUGACGGAAUUGAAGCAAAUAGGAGAUAUACCGUCAGUAAGAUAUUUUGUUGACAGAUGGAAGGAAACAUACGAAAACAUCCGAUACUAUUACGAGUAUUUCGAUUUGGAAGGUCGAAUUCACAGAUGUAUCAAAUUGGUUUAUACAAAAAUAUCUGAAAUGUCAGUGACUGCGUUGGAGAAUGAAAACAGGUACAGAAUUCCGAAGACAAAGUUUAUUUUCGAGCCAAAUGAUGGUGUUAUGCUUCUAGAACAAAAAUUACCUAUGUCAUGGCACGCAUUCAAUGAAACACCAAAAUUCAAGGAAAUCCCGGAAAUAAAGAAGAUAUAUGAUAUUCUGGGUUAUUUGGAGGUUGCUCAAAUAUCAUUUUGGAAUUUGUAUUACGACUACAAACUCUUCACCGACCCUUCGGAAUGGAUGCCACCCUUCAAGGGCUACGCUAUGUUGGCUGGGUCAUCAUAUUAUGUUACGUUUGACAAAACCUAUUACGAUUUCCGAGGAAAAUGCACUUAUCUUCUUGCAACUGAUUUUAUCGAUCGCAAUUUUACUUUGCUCGCAUCAAACGACGUUGGAAACAAUAGCGAACUGAUUUUAAUCCUGAACAAACAAAUAGUGAGAAUAAACUUGUUCAAGAACAAAGUUCUUGUUGGCGAUUCUGGCACAGAAAGAUUACCAGCGCAGAUUGGAGAAACCUAUCUGUAUCGUAGUGCAGGAUUAUUCAUGGUAGAGAGUCCUUUAGGAUUUAUUCUGGAAUGUAAUAUGAAAUUCCAUACUUGUACCUUCAAAAUUUCAGGUUGGUAUUUUGGCAGAACAGCAGGACUUUGGGGCACAUUCAACAACGAACCCUCAGACGACUUCCUGACAUCAAAAAAAAAUCGAGCCAGUCGCUCCGAUCUGAGUAUGUUCAGCGACAGCUGGGCAUUGGAGGGGAGUUGCAAAAAAGAAGUUCCUGAAAAGAACGAGCCGAAGACCAUUCCUGUGGAAGUGCGUGCUUUGUGCGAGGAGUUUUUCAUUAGCAAAGUUUCUCAACUCAGCACAUGCUUCUCGCGAAUCCCAAAGGAUAGUUUCCUGUCGAUGUGCCUGAAUAGCACAAGCGAACAAGAGGCCUGCAUGUCCGCCGUCUCUUACAUUAACCUGUGUUCAUAUGCUAAUACGCCAUUGAGGAUACCAGACACGUGUGUAAAGUGUAAUCUACUAAAUGGGUCGGAGAAGCAAGAGGGUAACAUCACUCGAUUACAUGGAAGCGAUGUGCCGCGUAGCGCCGAUAUAGUUUUUAUCAUUGAGGCCAAGGGCUGCAAUCGGAACCUCAAAAAGUCAAAGCAUUUCGAAAUGGUGAUAGAAUCAUUGGAGAAGGAGUUGACAGAUCUGAACAUUAGGAAUAAUAAAUAUGCGGUGGUUGUUUUCGGAGGAGACGGUGUGUACGAGGAGCCAAGAAGUAUUAUUGUUGAUGGAAACACAUUUGCCGAUUCCAAGUCUAUCCUGAGCUAUUUCGACAAUAUCCCUGCAGGAAACGGUAGCAGCGAUAUAUUCAACGGAAUCAUGUUUGCGUACAAUCUCAUAUUUAGACCCGGAGUUUCAAGAAAUUUUGUUUUGGUGCCUUGUUCUGAAUGUAACAAGUACAACAUGCUAGUAAGUAUCUUUAAUUAAUCUAUGCAAAACUUUCAUUACCGAACUCUGCUUUACAUCUCACAAUUAGAACUGUUGAAAUAUGUACAUUUGAAUAGUUGUUACCCAUUAAAUAAGAUUUAACAAGAAGCGGGAAUUAAUUUUCAGGCUCGGAGGAUAACUCUGUUUCCAUUUCACUGGGGAAAAAUACUGUCCUUGUUGAGAUUGUGAUGAUCAAUGAUGGAGAUAGGAAUUGAAAUGGGUAUAUUUUCAAGAGAGAUUGAUUUUAAAAGAUACGAAUAUUCACUUAAUAUUGGUUGAAGAGAA